AUGGGCCUUGAAGAUAAUGCCCUCGUAAGACGCUUUAUCAACCUAGGUGAGAAGAGAGCUGGUUCCACUACAAUGGGAAUUGUGGUAGGGAUAGUUGCAUCUUUUGGUGGAAUCUUGUAUGGUUAUGGUACUGGUACGAUUAACGGAAUCAUGGCCAUGGAUCAUGUCAAGCAUACGUUUCCGUCCAAUGGCGAGGAGUUCAAUUCAUCUGAGACAUCACUUAUAGUAUCUAUCUUAUCGGUGGGAACGUUCUUCGGAUCUAUCACUACGCCUCUUAUCAGUGACACGUUAGGAAGAAGGUGGUGUUUGAUAUUAUCAUCCUUGGUGGUGUUUAAUUUGGGUGCUGUGCUUCAAACAGCUGCUGUGGAUAUCCCAUUACUUUGUGUUGGAAGAGUCAUAACAGGAAUAGCCAUUGGAUUCAUAUCAUGCACGGUGCCACUAUAUCAGUCAGAAGCUGCACCACACUGGAUAAGAGGUGCAAUCGUUUCUUGUUAUCAGUUAGCGGUAGCUCUAGGCAUCUUCUUGGCUGCGGUAUUCAACCAGGCUACACAUAAAAUCGGCAAUUCUGGAUCUUACAGAAUCCCCCUUGCUCUUCAGAUCCUUUGGGGACUCAUUUUAGGUGUGAGUAUGUUUUUCAUGCCUGAGACCCCAAGAUUUUAUGUUUCCAAGGAUAAGGAUGAUAAAGCUUUACGUGCUCUUUCAAGGUUGAGAAAACUUCCUGAGGACCAUUCAGACCUAUUGGAAGAGUUUAACGAAAUCAAGGCAGCUCAUAUGUUUGAAUGUGAAGUAGGUAAGUCCUCUUGGAGACAAGUAUUCUCUAACAAGAACUAUCAGAAAAAGCGGUUGACCACUGGAAUCUUAUGUCAAUCGUUCCAGCAGUUAACCGGUGUGAAUUUCAUUAUCUACUUUGGAACUACAUUUUUCAAUGACGCUGGAGUAGAUGGUUUUCUCACAAACUUGGCCAUUAACAUUGUCAGUGUCGGUACAACUAUCCCUGGUAUCCUUCUCAUUGAGAUUGCUGGAAGACGUAACUUAAUGCUGGGUGGUGCAAUCGGAAUGUCUGUUUCCCAGCUUCUUGUUGCCAUAGUUGGUGUAUCUACGUCAUCUGAUUCAUCCAAAAAGGUCUUAGUGGCCUUCUCUUGCAUCUUUAUUGCCUUCUUUUCAGCUACUUGGGGACCUGGUGCCUGGGUGGUUACGGGAGAGUUAUAUCCUUUAAGUACAAGGGCAAAGUCGAUGUCCCUUUGUAUUGCGACAAAUUGGUUAUGGAAUUGGAUAAUUGCUUUCACAGUUCCUUAUAUGGUCGAUAAAGAUAAAGGGAAUUUGGGGAAUAGUGUUUUCUUCAUUUGGGGUGGAUUUAAUGCCAUUUGUGCUGUGUAUUCUUGGGCCAUGAUCUACGAGACCAAGGGCCUCUCGUUAGAGCAAGUGGAUGAAUUGUACGAGAAGGUGAAUUAUGCAUGGAAAUCUAAGGGAUUUGUGCCAACCGACCGUUUCAGCAAGGCUACGAAAAAGCGGUCCAGUUCAGGAGAUCUCGACAAGGAAUCAUCCGUCAAAGAGGAGUGCGUCUAA